UAGACCUAAAUAGAAUCAGUUUAUGUGGGGUAUCCGCGGUGAUUUCCCUUUGGAUUAUCUGUUAAAAUCGCUGUCAUCACCAAAUAUUUUGAGAUUGACUUAGGACGGAUCUACACCACCAUUCUACAUGUGACCGCCAGCCACACUGACGAUUACCAGUGGCAACAGACAUCGCCGUGGUAACCACCCUGGAAAUGAUGCAGCGUUGUCUUGACGACCAAAGAAGAGUUAAUCCUAGUGAAUCGUACCCAAGAGUUAUUGCCCCUGGAGGCCAGCGGUAUGGAGAAGUUGGAGAAAAUCUGACAAGUGGAAUGUCAUUUACCAUGCAGGGCUAUCCACCGGUCAACCAGAGUGGAGGCCACCACUCCCCCUCAGUGCACCACCCUUUGUCUCACCCUGGCAUUCCACAACAGGCUCCGCCCUCGGCCCCGCCCUCCAUCACCCAGCCAUCCAUCUCGACGCAGGCUCAGGUAUCGGCGGCACAGGGGGCGGCCCAAGUCGUGAGUGACAUGUUUACACAUUCGGCUCAGGUUCAAGGUCAACAGCAGCAGUUUCAGAGAUUAAAGGUCGAGGACGCACUGUCGUACCUAGAUCAGGUGAAGCUGCAGUUUGGAAACCAGCCGCAAGUCUACAACGACUUCCUCGACAUCAUGAAGGAGUUCAAAUCUCAGACCAUUGAUACGCCAGGUGUAAUCAAUCGCGUAUCAAACCUCUUCAAAGGUCAUCCUGACCUCAUUGUGGGUUUCAACACCUUCCUACCACCUGGCUACAAGAUCGAGGUCCAGUCUGAGGUCAUCAACGUCCACCAGCCGGGUCAACAGGUCAUCUCCAUACAGCAUUGUGUCACUCCCAUUGCACCACAGAGUAAACCCGUGCCCCAUGUGCCCACCCCACCCGCCCACCCCGUAGCCCCUCCCCCACAGCAUCAUUCCUAUCACCACUCGCCACGACAACCGGAACCGACGCCAGUUGUUCCUCAACCGCAACCGCAGACCCAACCCCCCCAACAACAGCACCCCCUCCCCCAUGUCCCUCCACCCCAACCACCCCCACCACAAGCGCAACCACAGCAGCAGCCGCAGCAGCAGCCCCAAGCGAGUCAGCCGGUGGAGUUCAACCACGCCAUCAACUACGUGAACAAGAUCAAGAAUCGAUUCCAGGGCCAGCCAGAAAUCUACAAACAAUUUCUCGAGAUUCUACACACAUACCAGAAAGAACAGCGCAACCUAAAGGAAGUGGGAUCAGUACAGGGCCUCGUUCCCCCGGGUUACAAGCCGCUGACGGAGGCGGAGGUGUAUGCGAAGGUGGCCAAGUUGUUUCAGAACCAGGAAGACUUGCUCAACGAGUUCGGGCAGUUUCUACCCGAUGCGAACGGCUCGUCCUCGUACCUCGCCGCUUACGUUAGCGUAAGUAACUUCACAAGCGACUCUGUGCUGGGCGUGCGUAACGACCACUCGUCCACAGUUAAGAAACCAGGUUUCAACAACAAGAACCAGUCGAGUAAGAGCAGUCAGAUAAAACGAACGCUGUCUGGAUCGCAGGGCCCUAUCAAGAAGCUCAAGACGAGCCACCUGAAGGACAUCUCACUGGCGGAGGCUGGCAAAUACGGGACACUCAACGAGUUCGCCUUCUUCGACAAGGUGCGGAAGGCGUUACGCUAUCAGGAAGUGUACGACAACUUCCUGCGAUGUCUCGUGCUCUUCAACCAGGAAGUGAUCUCCAGGUCGGAGGUCGUGCAGCUGGUACAGAACUUUCUCGGGAAAUUUCCCGAACUCUUCAAGUGGUUCAAAGAUUUCCUCGGCUACAAGGAGUCGGGCGGCAGUGUGGAGUCCAUUUCUCAGAAUGCCGUCAAGGAACGAAUCAGUGGAGACCUUGCUAUGGAUAUUGAUUUUGCCACGUGUAAGCGUUACGGUGCCAGUUACCGGGCCCUGCCCAAGUCGUACUACCAGCCCAAGUGUUCUGGAAGGACGGCGCUCUGUAAGGAGGUUUUAAAUAACACGUGGGUUUCCUUCCCCUCCUGGUCGGAAGAUUCCACUUUUGUCACGUCACGCAAAACACAAUACGAGGAGCAUAUCUAUAGAUGUGAGGAUGAGCGAUUUGAGCUUGACGUUGUCAUAGAAACGAACCUCUCGACGAUUCGGGUAUUAGAAGCAGUCCAGAAGAAAAUGUCUCGAAUGACGUCCGAAGAGGCGGCCAAAUUUAAACUGGACAACACACUGGGCGGGUGUUCGGAGGUCCUGCACAGAAAGGCCAUACAGAGAAUAUACGGUGACAAGGCCCCCGAUAUUAUUGAUGGUUUGAGAAAGAAUCCCGUGGUGGCAGUUCCUCUAGUACUGAGACGGUUGAAGGCUAAGGAGGAGGAGUGGAGAGAGGCCCAAAGAGGGUUUAAUAAAAUCUGGCGCGAGCAGAACGAGAAAUAUUAUCUGAAGAGUCUUGACCACCAGGGCAUCAACUUCAAACAGAAUGACAUCAAGUCGAUACGGUCAAAAGCCUUGUUGAACGAAAUCGAAACUAUAUUCGACGAGCGUCAGGAGCAGCUACAAGAGGGGGGCAGUGAGUCGACGUCGUCGGAGCCCCACCUGUCUCUGUUCUACAAGGACAAGUCAAUCAUCGAUGAUGCAGCGUCACUCAUCAUCCACCACAUGAAGAGACAGGCCGGAAUUCACAAAGAGGACAAGAGGAAGAUCAAACAGCUGCUGUACCAGACACUGCCCGAUCUGUUCUUCACGCAGCGCAGCGAGCUUAGUGACGACGAGGCUGACAAAGACGAGGACAUGGACACGGAUGAGAUUAAGAAAGAGCCGGAGAUAAAGAUGGAGGAAGGGGAGACAAUUGCUGCAGACCCCGCUGACAGCCGAAUUACGCUGAACGGCAACAAAGAUGAGAAACCUAAAGACGUUGUCGUCAAAACGGAGGACGACACACCGGUUGCUCCUGACUCGCCCGUUGUCAACGGCAAUGAUUAUUCGUCCCCGACAGAAACUCCAGACAGAUCGACAGAUGAUGACCUGUACACCCUGUUCUAUGUGAACAACAACUGGUAUUUGUUGCUGCGACUGCACCACCUGUUGUGUGAGCGACUUCACAAGAUCUAUAUCCACACCCAGAAAAUCAUUGAGGAGAACGGUCACUGUCGACGCGAGAGGAAGGAGUCGACGGCCACGUCACUCCGACUGCGCACCCCGUUUGAGAUUGACCCCGUCGACUAUUACCAGUACCUGCUGGACAUGGUGAAGAGCCUGUUGGACGGUAACAUCGAGUCGGGCCACUAUGAGGACCAGCUGCGCGAGAUGUUCGGAAUCCACGCCUACAUCGCGUUCACCAUGGACAAACUGGUGCAGAACUCCGUCAGACAGCUCCAACACAUUGUGGGUGAUGAGUCGAUACAGAAGGUGAUAGAACUGUUCAGUGAAGAGAAGGCAAGUCACGCGACUGGUGGUCGCCUAGCAACGCAGCACCAGCGGCAGUCGGCGGAGGCCAACUACCAGAGACGGGCAGAACAGCUGCUCGCCGAGGAAAACUGCUUUAAAAUAAUCGUGUACCAGAAGGACUGCCAGGUGACGUUUGAGCUGCUGGACACGGAACAUGACCAGUCGGACGACCCGGUGGAGGUCGAGCGGUGGUCGGAGUACGUGGAGCGGUACGUCGCCCAGGACGACACCAUCUCUGACCAGCUCAAGGACCAGCUCACCAAGAAACCCGUCUUUCUGCCGCGAAACGUGCGUCACACUCGACAACACAAUAAGAAUCAGAAAUCUCGCGUGGAGAGAGAGAUGAAGGACAGGGAGGAGCAGCAGGAUGGAGAGAUGGACGCGGCCGAAAUGAGGGAGGAAAAGACCGACACAGACAAAGACUCGUCGCGGAGUCGGCCGGCGGGUGACCUUGACAUUCUGGACAGCACGGGCUGCAAGUUCAACGUGAACUCGUUCAAGAUGGUCUACGUGGUGAACUGCGAGAGUUACCUCUACAAGAGGAUGGCACUGAACAGAGCCAAGGAGUCUCACAAGAAAGUGUCUGUGCGUCUUCACGAGAAGUUCAUGUCGUGGGUCAACAAGUGGUGCGACGUGAACGUCACGGCGGAGGAAGAGUCGAAAACGACGCAGUGGUUGCUGGGCGAUGUCGUCGACUCGAAACACUGUCAAACAACGUGCAACAAGAUCUACCGGCCCGAUAGGGCGCCGUAUUACGAAUACCACAAAUACACCGUGCAGUCGCUCGAACCGACCCCAGAACCCGAACCAGUGACCGAAUAAACCAGAUUUACACUUCUGGGGACUGAACACAAAACAUGAAAUAAAGUGGGCAAAUAUCAAAUCUACUUAAUAUCGCAAAUUUCAGUAGACAAAUGUUAAAAAAGGUUAAAUUAUUUCUUGAAAAGUGAGUGCUAAAAAGGGUUAACAAUAAGUUGAAUAGGUGUUAAAGGGGUUAAUAAUUCUUGAUAGGUAUGUGUUAAAAGGGUUGAUUUUUUUUAUAAGUGAGUGUUGAAAAGGUUAAUAAUUCACGAUAGGAAAGGUUUAAAAGGAUUGGAUUUGUUUUUAUAGGUGAGUUUUGAAAGGGUUAAUAAUUCACGAUAGGAAAGGUUUAAAAGGAUUGGAUUUGUUUUUAUAGGUGAGUUUUGAAAGGGUUAAUAAUUCACGAUAGGAAAGGUUUAAAAGGAUUGGAUUUGUUUUUAUAGGUGAGUUUUGAAAGGGUUAAUCGGGUUAAUAAUUCUUGAUUGGCGAGUGUUAAAGGGUUAACAAUGGACUGAUAGUCCGUCCCAUCAUUCUUUGAAAAUGUUUUUGGUAAAUAAUUUAAGUUUGGUUUGACAUAAGACGAAAAGUAAAAGUGUUUCAGAAAUAACAUAAAAAUACUGUUUCUGUGUGCAAUUUACAAAUCAGUUGACUUAGAAAUAAAUAAUUUGUAGUUUAUUCCAUAGCAUGAAAAAAAGUGGGAUGGACUAUAGUUAUGUAGUAGGGUAAUAAAGAAAUGUAUGUGUUUCUGUUGAGAGUAUAGGUCAAUAAAUGGUUUCUGUUGAGAAUAGUAAGGGUUAAUGGUCGAAUUGGAAGCAAUACAGUUGGUAGAUACAAAUUGAAAUAUUUUACUAAAAUUUCACCCGUUUGGAGAUCAGAAUAAAACUGAAAUUUCACCUGUUUGGAGAUCACAAGUAAAAUUGAAAUUUCACCCGUUUGGAGAUCAGAAUAAAACUGAAAUUUCACCCAUUUGGAGAUCACAAUUAAAAGUGUGAAAUUUCACCUGCUUGGAGAUCACAAUUAAAAGUGUGAAAUUUCACCUGCUUGGCAAUGACAGUUGAAAAGUGAAGUUUCUGUGAGAAGGAAAAUGGACAUGAGAAGGGAAAGGGACGUGUGUUUGGCAGACAUAUUGUUUUGUCUGAGUUCAUUGUUCAUACAUUUGUGUACAUUGUGUUAAUAGUUCAUCACGAAGCUUUUCUUAACGGAGGAACAUGUCAGACUUAUCAUGUGUAGAGUUAGUGGGCGGCGCGAACACCGCCUCGACUGUUUACCUUGAAAUCAUUAUUUAAAAUAAACAUUGAACAGUCA